UUUUAUWAAUAUUUUUUAUCAAUCGUAUAUAGUUACUGAUGCGCUAUUGAUGAGGGCGCAUCUUGGGUCCAAGAACAUCCCGGUCGUGUAUGGCAAAGUGGUCUGGACACGAGAAUCUGGGCACGAAGCAAAUACCGCUUGAUCUACCUUAACACCUCUGGUAUCUUUUGUUGUAACGAGGUUUGAAUGCAUGAMGGAUAAGACUAAACGAUGGCUAGCAACAGAUGGCUAAAUUACUGAAAAUACAAUAGUUAUAAAAUCACUACAAAACAAGACUUUAUUAUAGAAAAGACGUGUUUGUUCAUAUUUCAGGGKKUUUUUUUUCACCUUAAACUAUGAAAAGAUCGCUCUCAAUUUAAGUGAUUGAAACUGAAAUCAUAUCAUUAUGAUGCAAAAAAAUCGUGAAUCAAUAAAACCGAUUCAAGCAGAGUUAGUAGUAACUGAUUCAAGAAGAGUUAGUAGUAACUGAUUCAAGAUAUGAUGUUGUUGUCAUGUAAUUGAUGAAAAUAUUCUGUCAUCAACGUGCUAGUACACACUGUGUUGUUCAAACAUCACUGCAUGUAGAAAUCAACUCAAGAAAAUUGAUCCUUUAACAAUUAAUUUUAGUGCCAAAUGUUUUUGUACAACUCUGUAUUUCUUGAUUUUAUGCAAAUGUAUCUAAUUAUUUCGAUGGAAUCUGCUGUAAGAGGAGUUCUAGCAGGUCUUAAUCCAUUUCUAUUGUGAUACUGGCUGUGUUCGGUAACUUUGCAUGUAUCCAGCCCACCCGACAUAAYAAGCAAGCAAAAGGUCACUAUAGUUAUUACCAUCAAAUCAUCUCAACGAAACGCGAAUGUGUCUAAACAUUCUUUUAUUCGAGGAGACAAUGAGGUUCGAUUUAAACGUCUAAUUAAGAGUCCUUUAGAACUUUUGUUUCUGUUUUUCUUCAAAACAAAUGAAAUACAAAAAAGGUUUUUACCAAACUGUCAGGUGGUUUAGCAACCACCAUGCUUUGUGAAAAUCCUUUACCGGCACAUGUAUUAAAUAAAGCAAUCCAGUAUUGCAUUUAACUUCUUUUUGUUACAGUUAAGUUACUGUAUGUACGUUUCGACGAAACAUUGCCUCGAGAUAUUGACGAUUCACCACUAGUUAAAAAUCUAGAAAUCAUGAUUACGAACAAAAACUCCUUUCUGCACUCAACUCAAAAAAGAUUUGAAUUUGAUUUAAAAUAAACUAUCUAAGGCGCUACAUAGUAGAGAGGAAACUCUAUUUCUAGUUUAACGAGUAAAAGUCAGUAAAUCAACCGUACAUAGAGGCUGAAUGGCAUAUGAGGACGGCCUGGCGGCAGAAGGGGAUUGACAUGCUUUUGGAUUUAAUGGGCCAUUACCUUGUAACCAUUGCCAAUAAAGAACAAAUUAGGCAAAAAAAUCUACGACUUAAUGCCAUGAAAAGGCACAUUUUAUUCAAACGAAUUGACGCCCCGUUGAAAAGUUGACAAGAGAGUUAUAUUGUUUGAUGAACUUUAUCAAUUAAAGAUAGAAUUAGUUUGUGAACAAAUGACAGCAAUCGACGUUUACCGAAAGCUACUUUAGCUCAUUGGAGUUGCCAAUUAAUAGAUUCUCAAAAUGUAUAGAUUGUUUUAAUACAGAUUUGUUGAAGAAAUAUCUCGGUUCAACAGUUUACGAGGUGUAGGUCAUUCAAAGAUUUGCAUUGUUGCGUAGCAAAUCCCACUCGAAUUAACCCUGCUAUUCUUGAACACUUGCAGGCAUCUAACGAACGAAAAAUGACGUUUUGCGAUGAAUGCCAUUUCUUCGGCUGGGAGUCUAGUAUUAAUGUCAUAUGUGUAAGGUUUCCUGUUCUUAACAAAGGAGCCAGAAACAAAGGGACAUGCUAAGUACAAGUUAGUAAAGUAUUAAAUAUGUAGAUGCGCUUGGUCAAUCAGAGACACGUGUUUGUGAAUCGCAGUCAGUUACAAUGAAUAACAACACAAUGGUUUGAUGAAUCUUGCUUUAUGUGAGAAAACCCUAGAUUUCAGACAGAUAACAAGAAAUACUUUCCUUGUCGCUAUUCACUGGCUUGUGGAGAGUGAAGUGGUAUUUGAAUCUGGCUGUCCUUUGAACUGUCCUUUGCUUGAAAAGCCAUGCAAACAGUUCAUUUACACAAAACAAAUCCUAGUUAACUAACUUGAAAUAACUGUCUAAUGCAAGUUGCAAACAAUGGCAUCAGGAAAAGGCGUCCUGUCCCCAGAUUACUACCCAAGAGAUGAUGGCGAACAAAAACAACUUCAACACAGACAGAGAACUCGAAAACCCUGGCAAAUCCUGUGCGGUAUUUGUGAAAAACUUGACUACAUAACAUGCUGUGGAUUCGUGUUCUGUAAACGUUGUUUGAUUCGAUGUUUCCAGUUCCGUCAAUCGGUGUUCACCAGAAUGGCUUACAUUGGUUUUCUAUUGGGUGGUUGUCUAAUAUGUUGCCUAAUGCUUUCUCCAAAGACAAGGGCGUUGUUGAGCGAUAGAUUUUGUCAAACUAUAACAUACUUUGUAUGUGACACUGUGCGUGGUUAUUCUGCUGCAUACAGGGUGUUCUCAUCUAUCUCUAUAUUCUUCUUUCUAUUGGCAAUCAUGACAUUUGGCAUAUCGUCAAGUAAUAACCAUCGUGCUCGUAUUCAUAAUCACUACUGGGGGGUCAAGAUCUUGUUGCUUACGUUUUUCGUCUUUUCGUUUCUAUUUGUACCACAUUCCGAGUACAGCGGGGAAGUGUGGAUGUUUUUUGGACUGAAUGGGGGAUUUGCGUUUAUAAUACUACAAAGCAUUCUUCUGAUGGAUAUUGUACAUUCAUGGAACACUAGUUGUGUGGAGAAAUUAGAAAAUUCUCAGCAUGACCGUCGUGCCUUUCGUCUCUGGUACGCCAUUCUCUGGGUGCCCACUAUAACUUUGUACAGCGUCUCCAUAAUCUCUAUAGGUCUAUUUUACGCCCAAUAUGCGCAGAAAGGAUGCUACAAUAACAUGUUUUUUAUCAGUUUUAACAUUUACCUGUGCCUUGCUGCGACCUAUAUAUCUAUUAACCCCUCCGUUCAAGAGAGGCGCCCGCGAUCCGGUCUUCUCCAGGCAUCAGUGGCUACCACUUACAAUACUUUUAUCACGUGGUUAGCGCUGUCCAAUGCCCCGGAUGAAGAAUGUAACCCAUCACGUGCUUAUCUAUUUCCCGGAAGUACGUUACAUAACGUGCAAAUGUUGCUGGCGCUGGGUCUGAUGUUCUUCUUGUUAAUUUGUACCAGUCUUAGAGAGGUUUCCUCCCCUCAAUAUGGAAAAAUCAAACUUUUUUCCUCGCGACAUUUAGGGACAGCAAGCAAUAAAAAUAUCGAGAUAGACCCCAUGGCCGACAAUCCAGACCUGCAGAACGACAAACCAAAGACAAUUGUAAAAGAUAAUGAAGACGAUGGGGUUGAGUACAGUUACUCUUUCUUUCAUGCCAUGCUUUGCUUGGGAUCCCUGUUUGCUAUGAUGACCAUAACAAACUGGUACCGACCAGAAGAAGAAGAGAACCUUACAGUCAAGCUUAUAUCUAGUUGGGGCUCUGUAUGGAUACGCAUUUCUGCUGCUAUUUUUAGUGUUUUUAUCUAUAUAUGGACAUUGGUGGCACCUGUCAUGUUUCCUAAUUCUUACAAAGAUCUAGUCUUCUUUCAAUUUAUGUUGAUGGGCGAUCACUAACUCGUAGGUGUAGAAUAGAAGGAGGUAUUUUAUAUCGCAGCGUAGGCCAGGCUAUUUCUUUAAUUUAUAUGAACAUUGAUUUUGUAAUUAUAGCGAUAUAGUGGAUGCACCGUGAAACAAAUAUUACGACUAUCUACCAAAUGAUGUUGGUAAGACAACAGAGCAUCAUUUMUCUUCAGUUUUGCACUGGUUUUGGUUCACGGAUUAAGYGUGUUCACUCUAAAAUAUAGAAAUGUUGAUAUAUGUAAAUCGUUAGUCUUCAGGUUACCUCUAACAACAAGUGUAGGUUACAGUCACUGUCUAAAUCUUUGCUCGYAGUAAUUACCACUUUAGAGGGUAAUGUAGAAACGAUUCUUCUGAUUCUUAGCUACAGUUGUUAGAAAUCCAAUCCUUUUGUAAUCAUCAUUUUUUAUCUCAAAGGCUAAGGAUACAUUUAAAGGUAGUUUGUUUGUAAA